AUGAUUUUACGUCAAAAAGUGCUGGUCGAGGUGCUCGGCGAGGUCAACACCGGGGAUGUCGUUGCCGCACAAUUGGUUUCAAGAGAAGGCUUGUUACUUUGCUUCUCAGGCGCGGCGAGUGAGACGACGAAUCAGGCCGCAGUCUCCUCCGCCCUUCUCUCAACCAUCUGGGGCCAAUUCGACAAGGGCACCGGGGCGGCCUUCGGCGGCUCCGGCCAUCUGAAGGAGGUGGUGCUGGAGUGCGAAGACGGCUACAUUGCUGCCUGUCCGUUGGCCAACAUGUUGCUCGUGUUGAGGGCCCGGAGUUCUGCAAAAUUGGGGCUUCUACGCGCCAAGCUACAUACCCUCCGCAAUCACCUCAACGACCCGCUGACGAUUAUAGCAGAAGCGAACGCGGAAGAAAUGGCCAAGGAGAAGCGCAAGAAAACGACGGCCGACGACUAU